CGCGUGAUUUCCUCGCGACCGCUCAGGAACACGCUCUGUCGCGGGUUUUUUUUUUUCCCCUUCAUUAUUACUUCAGGUUUCCUCACGCUUUUAUCCGACAUGGCUCACAAACAGAUCUACUACUCCGAUAAAUAUAACGACGACCUCUACGAAUACAGGCACGUCGUUCUGCCCAGGGAGUUGGCCAAGCAGGUCCCUAAGUCUCACCUGAUGUCCGAGGACGAGUGGAGAAGACUUGGAGUGCAGCAGUCGCUUGGAUGGGUGCAUUACAUGAUCCACGAACCUGAACCCCACAUCCUGUUGUUUAGGAGACCCCUUCCAAAGCAGAAGUGAUGACCGUGAUGCUGGUCUUCCUCUGAUCCUUCCUCUGGAUUUUUCUGGUAUUCAGUGAAUACUUGGGACCUUUAAGUUGACGACCUCCUGUGCAAGAGCUGGAUUUUUCUCAGCAACUACGCUCAGUCAGGGAAUCAAGGCUAUGCAGAAUGUUCCAGCACGGAAUUCCAAAAAGCCUUUUAAACAAACGGAUCUUUUCUACUGUCUGAUCAAAGUGCCUGAUUUCUAUUAUUAUUACUUAAGUGAUCAAGACUCCUGAAGCUCUUUAGUGACUCUAGCAUUUUGAUAUCCAGAAAGUCCCUGUUUUCUGGCCCAAGGAGAAGAAAUGUUUUGGGUUUUUUGUUUGCUUUUAUAAAAUAAAGUAAACAGCUUUUUGUAUUGCAAACACAGCAUGGGGUGCGCACUGGCAACCAAAGAAUCAUUGGGCAGCACCUGAUUCAGCUUAACAGAAGACUAGCUGGUGAAUUGAAUCGUGUAUUGUGGAGAACAGAAAAUGCAGUUUUGUACAGGGCUUGAUUUGAACAAACAAGUAAAUUUUAGGAUGAAAUUCUCUUUAGUGCUGUAACACCUGAUUAAAGUCAUCAUCCGAGUGUUGAGUUCUGAGAGGUUCUGUCAGUUGUACUAGAGGGAUGGAAGCCUGGUUAGGACAUAAAACUGGACUUCCAGUACACUGACUACCUUUUAAAAUGUCAGGAUGUGAAAGGUUACAGCAGUGCUAUGUUUAGUGCUUGCUUGAGUCUUGGAGUGAUAGUUAUGCUGAUUAAGAUUUGAAGGUUUUUGGCUUGUGUACAGUAGGAUAGCUAUGCGUGAUUACCAAAGGACCAGUGUUUGAGUUAUACAUGCCUUGCAGAGCAAAAAUGAAAAGCUCAUUUUCGAUAAUCUUGAAUUGUGACUGCACUUCUGUUGGUUGCCAUAUAGAAAAGAUCACAGUUUUCACAUUACCAACACAGUGUGACUUGUACAAUUUAUUGAUUAAACACCUUUUUCAUAUUGA